UGCGCGGUUUGUUUGGUUCCAGCAGAGCCGUUAUCUGGCCAGCUUUACUGAACGCAAUGAUGAAGAAGGCGGGUCCCCAGGCUCUCGCUCGUCCCGGGAGCCGCAGGCGUGCGUCCAGCUUGUACGUGCUGCAGCUGUUCCGUCAGGCCGUGCGCAGCGUCAUGACCAUGUGGCGUGUGUGUCGCAUCUUCAUGUCGCGCUCCAUGCACCUCAACAUCCUGGAGAACCUCAACACACAGCCCACCGGAGUGGGCAACAACCUUGUGUUUGAUCUGAACCACUUCAAAACCAAAAAGAACCACAUCCCUCUGAAGCUGGUGGAGAUCAUGUGGAAGCAUCCGGAGCAUCGGUCAGAGCCGGAGGUGCUGCUGCUGUUGAGCCUGCUGACCACCAUAGACAGCUUCCGCCGCUACAGCCCCACCCUACAGCUGCUGCUGUCCCGCGUAGUGCGCUACCAGAGGUUGGAGAGGCGUAGGGUGGUGGUCAAGAAGGGGGACCUUGGACACAGCUUCUACUUUGUGUACUCUGGUCAAGUGGCAGUGACCAAAGACCAGGACGGCAACAGCGCCUUCGUCGCCAAGGAGCCCAUCCUCAUCAAGAAGGGCAUGGGCUUUGGGGACGUGGCCCUGAUCAAGGGGCUGCGGCGGAAUGCGACGGUGGUGUGUAUGGAGGAGACGGAGCUGAUGGUGAUCGACAGGGAGGACUUCUUCGCCAACAAGAUGGACGUGGAGCUGAAACGCGAGUUUGAGUACCGCUUCAACUUCUUCAGGUCACUGAAGCUGGUGUCGUCCUUCUCGUCCUCCCUGAUUGAGCGCUUGGCCGACCACUCCAAAGCCGAGCAGUUCCGCCAUGGACGCAUCGUCGUCAAGGAUACCAACGACAUGGGCAACCUCAUCUUUGUAGCGCGGGGUCUGUGUGACGUUCUGAGAAAGGUGGACCUGACCAAGUGCAAGACAUACCAGCGUCUACUUAAACAACGUCAGACAGCAGAGAGUGGUGUGAAGACUGGGUUGCCACGGCAGCCAGAGGGUGUGUCAUCAGAGAAGACCAGCGCACACACACACAGAGUGGCCCCCCCUCCAGUGAAAGGCCCCCCCAUUGACCUCCCCACCUCCGCUUGGUUCCUGAUUGACAGCCUGCAGCAGGGCAGCACUUUUGGCCUGAAUGAGUACCUGAUCCCACACAGACAGAGGGACGGCCGUAGCCUGACGCUGGUCAGCAGGUGUGUGGAGAUUCUCCGCGUGGAGAAGACCUGCUUUGACGAGCUGGUCGACCAGGAAGCCCUGAAGAAACUGCAGGACAUACAGAAGACCUAUCCCAGUGACGAGGAGCUGUGUGCCGUGAUGCUGCGCCACCAGCGCUGGGAGCGCUUUAAGGACGUGGUCAUGACGGACGUCUUGGAACACUGCCCGCAGCGUGACCUCACUUCCUGCGGCCUCACCGCCAACCACAAACCCCCCGCUGGCCAAUCUGCCCCUGGCGGGAGACCCACAUGAGCGCGCGCACUCACUCACAC